AUGAAAAAUGAAGAUACAUUAACUGGAGGAUAUAAUCCAUUUGAUUGGAAACCUUACACAUCUCAUCAAUAUGAAAAUGGAUCAUGGCAGGAAACAGAAGAUAGUUUUUUAUUUUCAUUUACGAGUAAAAACUCGAGAAGUGGGAAAAUUGCUCGAGUGACUAAUAAGAUUUAUGCUGUUGAAAAAGAUCUUAUUAUAAAAUUAUCCAACGACUUUGCAAAACUUUUAGUAAAUGGCGACGGUCACGAUGUUAUUAUUGAAGCUGGAGAAGGACAAAAGAUAAAAGAAUUUCGUGCACAUUCUCUUAUAUUGAGCGCAAGGUCAACAUAUUUUCGAGCCGCUCUAUCAAAAGAUUGGGCACGCAAAAAAGAUGGUGUAAUCAUCUUUAGGAAGCCUAAUAUUUCUUCAAAUAUUUUCGAGGUGUUAUUAAAGUAUUUGUAUACGGGCAAUAUUGAUUUAGAUAUACUACAAGGAUCGGAUUUACUCCGGCUUUUGGUAGCAGCUGAUGAAUUAGAUCUUCAAAAGUUAAACAUAUACAUUCAAUCAUACAUGAUCGGUAAACAAUCAGAUUACGUACAAGAAAAUGCUAUCAAAGUACUUCAGACAGUAUUUCAACAUGAGAUAUGUACAGUUCUUAAAGAUUUUUGUGUAGAUGUGGUUUGUAAAGAACCAAAAUUAUUAUUUGAUGGUUCGAAUUUUGAUUCUUUAGAUAAAUCAAUCUUUCAAAUUAUCCUUCAACAAGAUGAUCUCGCAAUGCAAGAAUUAGAAAUUUGGAAUUAUUUAAUUAAAUGGGGCAUCACUCGAAUGGAUAAUAAAUUAGAUAUUGAAAAAAGUUCUCAAUGGACUUCAGAAAAUUUCGAAGAAUUAGAAAAAAUUCUUCAUGAUUUUAUUCCUUGCAUUCGAUGGUUUCACAUUGCACCCAAAGAUUUUUGGCGUAAGAUUAAACCAUUCAGAAAACUAUUACCCGAACAACUUUAUGAGGAUAUAAUUGGACAAAAUCUUGAUCCCGAAACACCUCCGAAUACCAAUAACAUCUCACCUAUACGUUGUCCGUCAUUUGAAUCUUGUCUUAUUGAAGAAAAACAUCUCGCUCUUAUCUCAAGUUGGAUUGAUAAGAAACCAAGGAACUUUUAUAGUUUUAAAACAAAACCUUAUAAUUAUGAACUUCUAUAUCGUGCUAGUAAGGAAGAUUUCGAUGUUCAAAGAUUUCAUCAAUUGUGUGAUAAUAAAGGUCCUACGCUGGUGAUUUCUAAAAUUAAAUACCAUAAUAAACUCAUUUGUGGUUAUAACCCUUUGAACUUAACACCUUAUGGAACUGGGAUUGAUACUUGGGCGGAAGCUUCCGAUUCUUUCUUAUCUUCAUUUCCAAUUUUGGAUUCUAUUCAUUCGGCUCAAAUAUCUAGGGCUAAAGAUCCUAAAUUUUCUAUUUCAUAUAGAACAAAUCAUGGUCCAAGUUUUGGUGCUGGUUGGGAUUUAACAAUUGAAGGUGGUAAAGUAAUACGUUGUAGUUUAAUUUCUUCUUAUCCCGGAAUUUCUGAUUUUAUUACGGCGGGUACUACACUUCAUUUAGACGAUUAUGAAGUUUUCAGAGUGGUUAGAAAAGGCAAUAAAUAA